CUCGCCGCUGAGCAGGAGCUUUAGGAGCAGCCAGUGACCAGCAGCAAUCGCAAUAGAUUCUUCUCCUGUCCAACCCUCCUCAUCAUGAGCAGCCCUGAUGGUGGCUACGGCAGCGACGAUCAGAAUCAGGGAAAGUGCUCAGUACCAAUAAUGAUGAGUGGACUCGGGCAGUGCCAGUGGUCCGAACCCAUGACUUCUCUCGGGGAGGGGAAACUGAAAAGCGAUGCCAAUUCCAGAAGCAAAGCCGAGGGUCGGAUCCGCCGACCCAUGAAUGCCUUUAUGGUGUGGGCAAAGGACGAGCGCAAGAGGCUGGCGCAACAGAACCCCGACCUGCACAACGCCGAGCUCAGCAAGAUGCUUGGCAAGUCGUGGAAGGCUCUGAGCCUGGCAGAGAAGCGGCCCUUUGUGGAGGAAGCAGAGAGGCUGAGGGUGCAGCACAUGCAAGACCACCCCAACUACAAGUACAGACCCCGCAGGAGGAAACAGGUGAAGAGGAUGAAGAGGGCAGAGAACGGCUUCAUGCACAUGACAGAGGCGCAGGAGAGCGCAGUUAUGGGCACUGAUGGAAGGAUGUGCCUGGAGAACUUCAACUUGGGUUUCCAUGAGCAGACUUACCCCCAGCUUCCCCAGGCCAGCCACUACAGGGAACCCCAAGCCAUGGCUCCUCAUUAUGAUGGGUACAGUUUACCCACUCCUGAGAGCUCCCCUCUGGAUUUGGCUGAGGCAGAUCCUGUGUUCUUCACAUCUCCAGCCCAGGACGAGUGCCAGAUGAUGCCCUACAGCUACAACUCCAGCUACACUCACCAGCACAACUCUGGCGCCUCUAUGUUGGUAAGGCAGAUGCCACAAACUGAGCAAAUAGGUGAAGGCAGUCCAGUGGAGGGUAUGAUGGCAUGCCAGAGCUCCCCACACAUGUACUAUGGACAGAUGUACCUGCCAGGCUCUACCAGGCAUCACCAGCACCCCCAGGCUGGGCAGCCUUCCCCUCCCCCCGAGGCUCAGCAGUUGGGCAGAGCAGAUCAAACCCAACAGGCUGAUAUGAUGGCAGAGGACAGGACUGAAUUCGAGCAGUAUCUCAGCUAUGUGUCUAAGUCAGACCUGGGCAUGAAUUACCACGGGCAGGAAUCUGUGGGGCCUACUGCAGACAAUGGGCCCAUCUCUUCUGUCCUUUCCGAUGCCACUACUGCUGUAUAUUACUGCAACUACCCCAGUGCCUGAGCCCAUGCCCUAUUCACACACACACCUCAUUAUUGGGGGCCUAGUCGUUUCAGGCUAGAGAGAGUUUCCAGGGGAAGAAAACCUGACUCUGUGUCUUAUUAUCUUAUUGACUCUCUAAUUUAUGUAACUUAUUUUCCAUACAACGGGGUCGGUAACAAAUUAAAUAUUGUCUUCCUUUAGGACGAAAGAACUGGCUCCAGACUUACUGAUCAAAAUGACUGAUCUCGAUAUUUUCAUUGAAUGCAAUGUGAAACGGUGUGAUUAUUGUGUACGUGGUACACUGCUUUUAUUUUUGUGCUUUUAAAUCAUUUUUAUACAUUGUUUUUUUUAUUUUGCACUUUUAUAAAUAAACAUUAAAAUAU